AUGGAGAAGAUUGUUAUAGUUUUCGACUUCGAUAAGACAAUCAUCGACAUAGAUAGCGACAAUUGGGUAGUUGAUGAAUUGGGCGCCACCGAUCUAUUCAAUCAACUUCUUCCAACAAUGCCAUGGAACACUCUCAUGGAUUCAAUGAUGAAAGAAUUUCAUUCCGAAGGCAAAACCAUAACCAACAUUAUCGAUGUUCUUUUUCGUGUCCCGAUUCACCCACGGAUCAUUCCCGCUAUCAAGAAGAUCCACGCUCUUGGGUGUGAUCUAAGGAUACUAAGUGAUGCGAACCUAUUCUUUAUCGAAACCAUUUUGAAUCAUCUCGGGAUUAAGGAAUGUUUCUCGGAGAUCUAUACGAAUCCAAGUUAUGUAAAUGACGAGGGGAGAUUAAGAAUUGUUCCUUAUCAUGAUUUCAAUUCUCUUUCCAUGGAUGUCAUCGAUGGGAAGAUUAUUGAGAAAAUGCAAGAUUCAAUGGCUAAAGAAGGCGAGAUGAAGAAGAGGACGAUAAUCUAUUUGGGUGAUGGAGCCGGCGAUUUUUGCCCUAGUUUGAGAAUGACCGAAAAUGAUUUUGAUGCCACGGAGGAAUUUUCCGGUUUGGGAUUUGAUUUGCGAGAAUAA